UUUUGCGCGAAGAUUUCCGUAUAGAACCGCAGAGUGCGCGAGUUGCUGCCGGCGACGACGUGAUCUUGGAGUGCGGUCCGCCGCGCGGCACACCGGAACCGCAGAUCACGUGGCGCAAGGAUGGACAUACUUUGGACAUUGAAGGAAGAUACAAGAUCGUCGAUGGAGGUAGUUUAGCCAUUACGGAUGCACGUAAUGCCGACGAUGGGAGGUAUCAGUGCGUCGCCAGGAACGUUGCCGGAAUCAGGGAAUCCGCGGUGGCCCUCCUAAAAGUUCACGUUAAGCCGUACCUGAUACGACCUCCGGAUGAUCUGAUGGCACUGGUCGGGAGCACCGUAGAAUUUUCGUGCGGAGUGGGCGGAGAUCCGUUGCCGGACGUGCUUUGGAGGCGGAGCGCUCCCGGCGGCACUAUGCCUCUGGGUAGGGUUCGAGUUCUCGAGGAUCGCAGCUUGCGUCUGGAACGAGUCACCUUGUCGGAUCAGGGAAAGUACAUUUGCGAGGCGGAUAAUCCAGCCGGGGCGUUGACGGCGUCGGCCACGCUCACCGUUUACGCUCCACCCACAUUCAGUACCCGCCCACUGGCUCAAACGGUGGAGGUCGGUCAGGAGGUGUCCUUCCACUGCAACGCACAUGGCAGUCCUAAACCCUUCAUCUUCUGGACGUUCGAAGGAGAUCGUGCCUUGAUAUUCCCUGACUCCAGCAGCAAUUACGAGGCCUUCACCAACACCGAGGGUCACUCCACUUUGAUCCUGAAGAACGCCCACAUACAGAAUUCUGGAACGGUGAUAGUAUGCUCGGCGGUGAACGCGGCAGGUUCGGUUUCUACGAGAACCAGAUUAACGGUCUCGUCAAAAGAGAACCGACCGCCACCAGUGAUAGCUACGUGGCCCAGUAACCAAACCCUUCCCAUAAACUCCAUAGCCGUUUUCCAUUGCGAAGCAACAGGUAAUCCAGAACCUAUCAUCUCUUGGUACAAGGAGGGCAUCCCGGUGCAAGCAUCUGAAAAAGUUAAUUUAACAAAAUCGGGUCAUCUCGAGAUUAUCAAACUGCGAAAAGAUGAUUCCGGUAUUUACACGUGCGUGGCUUCCUCGAGGAGCGGCAAGGCCACUUGGACUGGUCACCUGCGCGUCGAAAAUCCCAAGAAUCCGAACAUAAACUUUUUCAAGGCGCCUGAGGCNGUUACGCUUCCGGGUCCGCCCAGCAGACCGCACGCCCUGAACCAAUCGGAGGGUAGCGUCACCAUAACCUGGGGACAGAACAACAAAAUCGGUUCAUCCAGUCUUUUGGGUUACCAGAUCGAACUAAUUAGCCGAUUAGACUAA